AUGGCUCCCUCCGCAGUCGAAGUCGAAACCGUCACGGUCCCAGAUGUGACCACUCUGAAGCUCCAAGCCGCCGGCCCCUACAAGGAGCUGGCCGCGACGAAGUAUGACGCGGAAGGCGAAGCGGGAUUGAAGGGCCACAAGGCAGCCAAGCCGUUCGAGCACACAGAGCACGGCAAGGAUGCGGACCCGUCGUACCCGAACCUGCUGCCGGAGGGCGCGGUGACGGUGACGAACCUCACGCCGACCAUCGGCACCGAGGUCCGCGGCAUCCAGCUGUCGACGCUCACCAAGGCCGGCAAGGACGAGCUGGCGCGGUUCGUGGCCGAGCGCAAGGUCGUCGCCUUCCGCGACCAGGACUUUGCCGACCUCCCUAUCGAUGAGGCCCUUGAAUAUGGCUCGUACUUUGGCCGCCACCACAUCCACCCGACCUCCGGCGCACCCGAAGGCUACCCGGAAAUCCACCUCGUGCACCGCGGAGCCGGGGACACAAGCGCGGAGGCCUUCUUCGCGAAACGCACCUCCUCCGUCGCGUGGCACUCCGACGUGUCGUACGAGCAGCAGCCACCGGGGACGACCUUCCUGUACGUGCUGGACCGGCCGGCGACGGGGGGCGACACGCUGUUCGCCGACGCGGCCGAGGCCUACCGCCGCCUCAGCCCCCUCUUCCAGCAGCGCCUGCACGGCCUGCGCGCCACCCACUCGGCGGUCGAGCAGGCGGCGGCGAGUCUCGCGCGCGGCGGUGUGCAGCGCCGUGAGCCGGUCAUUAAUGAGCACCCCAUCGUGCGCACGCAUCCGGUGACGGGCGAGAAGGCCAUUUAUGUGAACCCGCAGUGUGCGUUCCCCUUCCCCUCCAUCGUCUCCUAA